GCUCACCCACCGUCCGCGGCCCUGGGGCGGUGGGAGGUGCCAGGGCACGGGCUGGGAUGGGACGGGGGAGGCGAGGCCGGAGCUGCCUCGUUCCGCUGUACGCUCUGUUAACGGCCCGAGUUCGGAGCGGGUAUCUGCCGCAGCCGCACCACGCCUCCACGGUAGCCUCAGGCCGAGGCUGCUAUAGUAACGCGGAGGACGCCGGCGCUGAGCGGAGCCAGAAGGAGAGAUCCUAGUCAUGCCCUUCACCGAGCGCGCCUACUACCCGCCGGCGGCGGGGGGAGCCGGGGCCGUCACGGGAUCGGGGCCGUUUCCCGCCUUUCAGUUCCGCGACCGCCAUGAGGGCCCGGACUGGCGGCGGCUGAGCGCCGUGGAUGUGUGCCGGGUGUCGCGGGAGGGGGACGUGGCGGCCCUGCAGGAGCACCUGGAGCACGUCACCUUUUGCAGCGCCGAGCGGGAGCGCUGCCCGCACUGCCAGGGCCCCGCCGACCCGCUGCUGCUGAAGCUGCUGCGCCUGGCCCAGCUCUGCACCGAGUAUCUGCUGCACUCCCAAGAGUACCUUAGCGCCCAGCUUGGCAACCUGGAGGAGGCCUUGCGAGCUGCCCUGGCCCAGCGUGACGAGCUGGGCAAGGAAAUGACCCAGCGCUCACUGGAGAUCAAGGCGCUAAAGGAGGAGUGCCGGCGGAGGAAGAAGAUGAUCAGCACUCAGCAGAUGAUGCUGGAGGCCCGAGCCAGCUACCACCAGUGUCAGCUUUGUGAAAAGGCUUUUAUGAGCUAUUCCUUUUUACAAAGUCACAUGCAAAGACGUCAUCCAGAAGAAUUUCGAAUUGACCAGAAGAGGAAAGCAAAGACAGAGAAAUUGCAGGAUGAGAUUGAUAAACUGAAGGAGCAGUUGCAGCUCACCAAAUCCCAGUUAGAGGCUGAACAGCAAGCUAACGUGGUCAGGUUUUCUAAGGAAUGUGAACAGCAAAAAUCAAAAGAAGAAGAAAUUCUGCAGUCAUUUCAUAAAUGGAAAAAGGAGGAAAAAGAUAAAUUGGCUGAUGAAAUAGAAAAAGUGAAAGAGAUGUUUAUGAAAGAGCUUAAAGAGUUGUCUUCAAGAAACUCAACAUUAGAAAAUCAACUGGUAGAAUUACGAAAAUCCAGUAUGCCACAAAAAUCCAACUUAGGGACACUGAAAGACAGCCAGGACUUUACAGAAGAGGAACCUCAGAGUCCUCAGGAUUAUCACAGCGUGGUAAAGCUUCUUGAAAAACAGGAAAAUAAGUGGACAUCUAGAAUACAAGCCCUAAAUCAUGACCAUGAGACAGAAAAGUCCCUGCUGCUGUCACAGAUUGAGAAACUUAAAUUAUCAGUGAGAGAAGACCUGAAUAAAAAUAAUGCCUUUUACAAGAGGAGGAUAGAAGAGUUGGGGCAGAGGCUUCAGGAGCAGAAUGAUCUGAUUAUUACUCAGAAGAAGCAGAUUAAAGAAUUGUCCACAAGAUCAGUUGGAAACAUUAAAUCAUAUGAAGUGAACACUACUGUAGAGCAUCUUCAAGAAUCUAAACCAAGUCUACAACUGAUGCAUGAGCAGGCACCCUUGGUACAUAUGCUGGAACCCAUAGAGGAGCUUUCAGAAGAGGAAAAAGAAACUGAGAGAGUUGAUCGUAAAACAAGUAGAAGUAACCAGUAUUUAUUAAAUGCUUUGAAGACUGAUCCUUCUUUAACUAAAAAAUUACGAGUGUUUUUGGAGCAAGCCUUGGAGGAGAAGCUGGAAUCUUUGGGAAUUAAAGCAGGUGUCCGUGGUAUCCCAAGUGAUCGCUUAAAUAAAAUUUUGCACGCUGUUGAAUCUGCUAGAGAAUGCAGACAGAAGCAGGAGCCUGACUUUCACCGAAUUCGAGAGCAUCUUGAACGCCAAGUCAGCUUUAGGGCUGAAGAGAAAUCAUUGUCUUGUAAUAGACCUGUUUCCUGUCCUCAGCUUCCUUCAGAAGGUAAACAGCACAAUCAACCGGGAAUUUUCUCAUCUGCCACACCGCGAAAACAAGUAAAACGCUCUGCAACUGCUGUCCACCCACCCGAACAAAGACCAGCCAUCACUGAAAAUACCUCUACACCCAAAUCCGUGAAGCAUUUGGGAAGUGUUGCUGCCAGGAAGACAUCUAGCAACACAACUCCACCAUUCAGUUCAGAAGAAGAAGUAGAUGAAGAUGACAUUAAACAGUCUUACGUAUCACUAGAAUUACUGCAAAAACAGUCAAAACCAUCAAGCAGCAAAGUCAGUGUUCUUCAGAAGGCUUCUGGCAAAAGCAAUAUGGAUGGGACAGAGAAAAGUGAAAUUGCUGAAACUGAAACACCUGCCAAAACUUCAAAAGGAACAGUUAUUCAAAAGCUGACUGAACAAGUUGGAAAGAGUCUUUCUAACCAUGGAAAUAAGAACAAACCAGCUGGAGGGGUUAAUGUGGCAGAGGCGUUUAUAAAGAAAGAAGAGGUGAAAGAACUGAAGUUCACUGAAGUUGAUGAUGAUGAUUGGGAUAUAUCAUCAGUAGAAGAUGACAUUUUAUUGCUGAAAGACAAUAGAGGUCAGAAAGCAUUGACAGUUCAGAAAAAUGAGUCAAAUGCUACUUCUACAGUACAUGCAUGGGCUGUUCCGAAGACAAAUGUGCCAAAGGAGGAAGGCCUUCAUGAAGCUGAUAACACAAGCACAUUAAAAAGCAGCUUAGUCACUGUAACAGAUUGGAGUGAUUCUUCAGAUACAUAAUAGCUGUGUUCCUGAUGGGAGGCACUACUUUUGGAUUCAGUUGGCAUUGAAAAUACAGCUGAAAAC